AACUGGUUUGUAACCGUUAAAAACAUAUUAAGUGUAAUAAGUUGAAGAAAAAGAAUUGGAUUAUUAUCUAAUUAUAAACCAAAAAAAAAAAGGAAAGGAAAAUAUUCCAAGACAGUCCACGUAAGUUCUGAUCCGUGUAAACUGACGGGUCGGAGAGAGAAAGAGACGAGAAAGACAUAGAUUUCUUCUUCUGGGUGAGUUGUUUUUGAGUAUUGGGUGUUUGUUUGGAGGAAAAGGAGAGGGUCAUGGUGAGCUCUGAAGAGAGUACUGCUCAUAAUCAUCAUCAUCGUGAUGAUCAAAUGGACGGUGGAGAUGGUGGUUUGGAGGAACAGCCGCAGCAACAGCAGCAGCAGCAGCCAUCUUCUGGGGAUAUUUCAUGUUCGAUUUGUCUUGAUUUAGUUUCGGAUAAUGGUGGCAGAUCAACGGCUAAGCUGCAUUGUGGUCAUGAAUUUCAUCUGGAUUGCAUUGGUUCGGCUUUUAAUAUGAAAGGGGCGAUGCAAUGUCCAAAUUGCCGGAAAGUUGAGAAUGGUCAAUGGUUGUAUGCAAAUGGAUCUACUCGCUCAUUUCCUGAGAUUAGCAUAGAUGACUGGAUACCUGAUGAGGAUGCCUAUGAUAUGGGCUAUGCUGAUAUGCCAUUUAGACUUCACUGGUGUCCAUUCGGUGAAGCAGCACAAAUACAUUCAUCUUUUGAGGAAGUGGAAUCUCCACCAACUGCUUAUCACGACCCUCGUGAGCACCAUGCGAUGUUUGCAGAACAGAUUGCUCCGUCAUCCCUGCCUCAUUCUUACUUUGCGUACUUCAGACCAGUUCCGCCUGCAUCAUCCAGAUCGAUGAAUGGCAUUGAGGAUCCUAACUUAAAUAACCCAUGGAAUGUGGUAAGAGGACAGAAUGAGAUAUUAAAUCCCCAUAUCUUUCCGGCCCUUAGUAUCCAAUAUCAAAGCUGGGGUCGUCAUUCCUCUCCUUUCUCCCCAUCCAGCAGCCAUGUCAACAAUCCAGCUUCAAAUCCAUCUGCUACAAUUAGGUCUACUAACAUUGAAUCAAAUUCUACAGUGAGAUCUAGAGCACGCCUGUUUCGGCUAGUUCAAGGGUCUGAUCCUAGAGUGGAAAGCUCAUUUGUACCUCAUUCAACGGACACCACUGCUCAACCUCAUGAGAGAGUUCAGGCCUUCCACCAUCAUCUACACCACAGCGUUUCGCUCACCAUGCCAUCACCCGUGACUCCUAGUUUCCGAAGAUUCGAUGGUCAUGGUGGUAGCUUGCCAGCUAUGGUGCCAACAGCUCUACCUCACGAUCAUAGUGCUGGUUUUUUCAUCUUUCCUCCUCAAAGCUCAUCUGACAGGAAUGCUCGUGAAGAACAUUCUUUGGCAAGCCAUGUUCCUGGGUGGGGAAGGGAACAUUUACCGCAUUUCCCCAAUGUAUAUUCCGAGCGGGAAACAAGUUGGGGUUCUCCUCAUCGUGUCACCGGUAGCCCUGAUUCUGGAAACAGGUCCAGUGGCAUAUGGCACAGGACAUGGUGUUAGUGAAUCUGGUUCCAACAAUCAUUGUAAAAGACUAAUGCAAACUCAUUCUGCUUGCAAGAAACUCAUAAAUGAGUUAUCCGAAUUAUAUGUGAAUGGAACCAAAGGCUAUAUAUAAACUGAUGUUAAUUGGCAGGACUAAUUUUAUGUAAAUAAGUAACGGUGCUUGGAGUUGAUUUAAUGUCGAGAAGUACUAAUGCCUGUUGUUUAGUCUCA